AUGCUGCAGCUCAGCCAGGUCACCACGUCGCUGCUCAUCAGCAACGCGCGGGCAGCCUGCAACGAGGACCUGCUCACGCGAGAGGGAGUCACCUUCUGCGUUAAUGUCACCAGGCAGCAGCCCUUCCCCGGCCUCCCGCAGGUCCGGGGCAUGCGAGUGCCGGUGUUCGAUGACCCGGCUGAAGACCUGUACCAGUACUUUGAGCAGUGCACUGACGCUAUAGAAGAGGCUGUGAGGAGUGGUGGGAAGUGCCUGGUCUACUGCAAGAACGGCCGCAGCCGGUCCGCUGCUAUCUGCACUGCUUAUCUGAUGAGACACGGAAAGCUCCCGCUCAAGGAUGCGUUCGAGACUGUGAAGACUGCCAGACCAGUAGCAGAACCCAAUGCAGGAUUUUGGUCUCAGCUGCAGAGAUAUGAAGAAGAUUUGCAGAUACCAAAGCAGUCUGACCACGUGAGCAAACAGCUUAAAAAUAGCAGCAUGUGAAAAGUUUUAAAGAGAAUUAAGUAGCUUGCAAUAGAUUUAAACAAACAGGAAGAAAACCGCUUCAUAUAUCACCUGUACAUAAAACACCUUCCUCCCCAAACUGAGCUGAUGGUUCAUUAAAAGCAUUCAGAGCAUUACUGUUGAAGGUGCAUGCAGAAUAAGCAGGGAGAAACAGCAGAAACAGAAAAUGGUUGGAAGGCCUGUAAACAAACCAGACGAUGGCACGGUAUCUUCAGCAUUUAUUUUCACCUGAAUGAUACUGAAUGCAAUAACAUAUUGAAUGAAUGAGUUAA